UACAUCAUUUUUGUGGGGUUUUAGCACUGUUGCUUUCGGUUUUAUUUUAUUUCUCAAACCCAGAGGUUUUUCAUUUCUAUCCAAAAACAAAUCCAUUGAAAAAAAACUAAAAUCAAAUUCAACAUAAAUUAAUUUUCAUCUUUUUUUCUGCAAUUUUUCGUUGUUUGAUUUCGAAAUUCUCGAAGAAUCUGUACAGAAUCACAUCCAGAUCUCUCUCAUCAGCUUGAAGUGAUAUUGGUGUCAACGGCUCAUUGUACAUGAUCAUCACAUAUUGGCAUGCUAUCUGAGAUAUGUCGUCGAAGAAGAGAGUAAGGCAUGGUUUCAGUGGCUAUGAAUUUCCUGUUAUACCAAAAGCUCCUAGAUCAGUUAGAAGGAGACACUCGCACAAAAAUAUAGACAGUGAUCAAAUUUGUGCAUUUGAAUUACUGGCGGCUGUUGCUGGUGAACUUUUACAGGAAAGCGAAAGCUCUGCUUGUAGUAAUGCAGUGGUAGGAAAAGAUAAGAUCUCCGAUUGCAGGGAAGUUGUGAAACGUGAGCAACUCAAAGAAGAUAAAGCUGUGAAAUCAGAGUGCUUUGACCAGGGGAGUUGUGUCGAAAGCGCUUUUCUACCGGAACCUGCAUUGCAAGAGCCAAAUCUCAAGUAUAGAUUGGAUAAACCUAAUCAUAUAGAAAACAACAUUUUUCACACUGAAGUAGAAGGCGGAGCCUCUAAUCUUGAGGAUGUCUGUGACAACAGAACUGAUACAGGUACUCAAAAACAGCUAACUGACGGCAAGCGGACUGAAGACUUAACUUUGGCUAACUCUUGCAGUCUGAAGGGUCCAAUUGAGAAACAUGUGAAUAACAAUUCCGCAAUUAACUCAGACAGUAGUGUACAGUUGCCCUGGUACAGGGCGGUUCCUAGGCCUUCUUUUGGAAAGCAAAGGAACAGUGUUAAGUUAGGUAUUAGAGAUGAUGACGAAAAUUCUUUUGGAUCUUAUCGAUACAACACAAACAUAAGAGCCUUCAGGCAAACAUCACGUAUUGGAUACAAAAGUAUGAGAAAGAUGUUGACUUCUAGACGCUGGAAAGUAGCUCCUCAGUUGAAGGACUGGGAACGUUCAUGCUCCAAAUAUGGAAUGAAGUCCUUUCACAGAAACAGGAAAAGAGUAUGUGCACUAGAAAGAUGCCGAUUUGAAAUUCCAUCAAAGAGAAGGAAAUUGUGUCACUAUAGCUCGGUUGUCGCUUAUGAUCAGCAGGCCAAUAGUAAAAGCAUUUCAAACUCACCUGAAAAGGGAAUCAAGAGAGACAUUACAGGAGCGGGGGCUUCAGCUUCAGUCAGAAAUCAUCGAAAGAAGGAUUCUAAUGUAAAAUUUAGCAUCAAGUCAUUCAAAGUGCCAGAGCUUUUCAUCGAGGUCCCAGAAAAUGAAACUGUUGGUUCCCUGAAGAGGACAGUAAUGGAGGCUGUAAAAACUAUUCUGGGAAGUGGAUUGCGUGUCGGUAUGGUUGUCCAGGGGAAGAAGGUCAGAGAUGACAAUAAAACUCUACAGCAGGCUGGUAUCUCUCAGAGUGGAAACCUCGAUACUUUGGGUUUUACGUUGGAGCCAAGUUCUUAUCCAGUUUCUCCAUCGUUGCAUUCUAAAGAUCUUCCUGCUUUGUCACCAUAUGUUGCUGAUCAUGAACUAACUCGGCUGCCACCUAGUCCUAUCAUGGAGUUAGAGCUUCCAAGUUCUCCGUCGGCUCCUUCAGAGACUAGGUUGGACGAGCAUGAUGAAGAUUACCAUGAAUUGGCGCUAUCACCUACAAAUCCUAUUGAUCCACCAACUGAUUUAGCUAUUUCUGGUUCUAGAGCCUUAGUCGUUGUUUCUCCUCUGAAUGCUGAGGCACAUCCGGUGGUUCCCGUGAACCCAAAAAAUAGAUGUUCUGAACUUUCACAACGUAGAACAAGGAGACCGUUCUCAGUCGCAGAAGUAGAAGCGCUAGUUGAAGCUGUGGAGCAGCUUGGAACUGGAAGAUGGCGGGACGUCAAAAUCCGUGCUUUUGAGUAUGCUGACCAUCGAACUUAUGUUGACGUGAAGGAUAAAUGGAAGACAUUAGUCCAUACAGCAAGCAUUGCCCCACAGCAAAGAAGGGGUGAGCCGGUACCACAGGAGCUUCUGGACAGGGUCUUAAUUGCCCAUGACUACUGGUCUAAGCAACAUGGGAAGCAUCAAGCUGAACCUUCAAAAAUGACCGAGGCUCAGAUGCAGAACAUUGGCGCCUUAGAGAACAACAACAAUUCCGUCUCAAUGCCAAGCAAGAUGGUCGGGUCAGCUAUAUGAAUCCCUCAUUGUUUAAAAUACUAUUAUAGGAAACACAACGAUGAAUUGUAAAGAAAAUGUCUUUCCGGUGACUAGUUAACGCAACUCAACACACACCCUGUUUAUCCUCUGUGACUGGAAAACAGGUAGUUGUAAAUGAUUCAUUGAAUAAAGCAGUCUAACAAACAGGCAUUAGGAGGGAUCUCUUUGUUUUUGUUCGUUCCAUUCUUUCAUAUAAUUGUUAGCAUGUGAUAAGAAUAUACAACAAUUCACAUGUAUUAUUAUGUACAUUAGGUUGUUUACUGGUAUAACUUCAAUAUACAUUAGUUCAUUUACAUUUUGUAAUUUUCAUAUGAUAUACUUGUCCUUGAGCCGAG